AUGACCAGGCCUCGGUGGACUGACGAAGAGCAAAGGCGCCUCGUGGAGCUACGCGAACUGCAUAGCUAUCUUACCUGGACCGAAUUCCACAAUUUGCAAUACUUCCCAGGCAGAACCCGGGUUGCCAUCUACCACGAGUACCUGCGACUGCGAGUGCAGGAUGGGAACGAGAAUGAGAACGAGAACGAGAACAUGACGCCGCAGCCUGAGCCCGCCAGGGAAGGACACAAUAGCCCUAGCAAUGUCAAGGCAAAGCGGCAGCUUGCUAGCUCGGGGCAUCGACAGCCGCGACCGGAGAAACGACCGAGGCUUGACGAGGAGGAUGCGGAGACGGCGAGUAAUAGUGAGGAUGGCGAUAUCGAGAUUGACGGUCGGAGGCAGCCGAUGCAGACCCGCGCGUCACCAUCUGUGAACCAUGCAGUGUCCAUACGAAACCCGCCAAAGGACCUCGCAACACCAACCACACCUGCCGCUCCGCGGAUACUGGCGGCUCUGUCUCAGGAGACAACGGUCUGUCCAAUUCCCAGCUGGCCAGCAGUUCCAGCACUAGAAGCACCAGUCAACAAUCCAUCGGAGCGCAUCCAGAUCUCUCAGACGCCAGCACCCGUCCAAAUAACAAGCUUGCCGGCCGCAAACAGUACCGAUGCCGAAAGCUGCACCGCCCAAGGCUUGAGAGAGCCAACUGCGAAUACACCUGUCCUCAUAUCGGGAUCGAAUGACACAGUCUCGCUCCCAACAGCAUCGACCGACGAAGCCUCUAGCAUUCGAACCCCCGAACCUGAAGUCCCGGUCUCCACGGGCACGAUCCAAGAACAUAACACCUUCAACGAGCAAUCACCGGGACUAGAAAUAGUAGAGUCCAAACUCGAACCCCCAAUCCUAGCUGCAUCCCGAUCACCGGAACCAUUGACGCCCGCGCAGUGUCUGAACUACGGCCUUAGAUAUCUCCACCAGUUCGCCGAACUCUCGGGAGGCGAUCAAAAGCCGGAGAAAAAGAAGGCGAAGGAUUUUGAAGCUGCGAUCGCCGCCCUCCAGCAGCGGCUAGACCAGUCCGAAGCGGCGCAGCAGGAGUUGAGGAAACAACUCGAGUCUCAGACUACAGAGAUAGAGGCUCUCAAGGCUGCGGAUGCGAGGAAUGAGCGGCUGAGCACCGAAACAGACGAUCUCAAGAAAAGACUUGAGAGCCUUGAGGAGCAGCAGAAAGAAUAUAGAUGGCUGUAUGCCAGGCAGGGCGAUCUAAGCAGCCUAAAGACCAAUAUGAAGCGCAAAAUGGAGGAUCUCGGCAGCCAGAUCUCCAAAAUCGGGAAAGUUGCAGACAAAGCCAACAAGCUGCGGAAGACGUUCCAAGGGCUUGAAGAGUGGAGAGUCAGUGAUAUGCUGCACAUGAUCGCUUCGACUUCGACUUCGACAAGGACCCGGAGUCCUGGUUUCGAGGAAAUCCCGCGUGAAGAGGCACGCCAACUGACUGUGUUCCAACGUUCUCGAGGCAAUUGA